CCGCGCCGGGGACCGACCGCGUCGAUACCGUGCCGCCCGAACAGUGAGAUGUGCCGCGAUGACGGAACACGAGAAAUCCGGGAAUGUGACCAUCCUGGCCGAAAACUACGGCCGAGCGCCCACCGCCACCGUCUCCAGCCUCAAGUCUGAGGACUCGACCGAACAGUUGAUAUGUAAAUCACCGCAAAAGACCGCGAAAGACGUUAAAAAGACGAAAAAACAGAGUGUUAGUUCAAAAAGUGUUGAAGCGGGAAGCGACAAUGGGGGCAGUAGGCAGAGACUAGUAGUGUUUUUGGGGUUGGGGCAGGUGAUUCUCGGGGCACUGCUGGUGGGCGCCGGGGCGGUGGCGGUGGUGAAGGGCGCCGCCCUGUCCAGGGUCGGUGCCGGACUGUGGGCGGGGUGCGUGGCAGUGGUGGCGGGAGUGGUCGGCGUGCUCGCCGGCAUCAACGACUGCUAUGGACUGAAUGGAGGUGCUAAUGGGCACAGCCCACUGCUGACGGCGUUCCUGGCGCUAUCGCUGCUGUGCCUCGCGUGCGGCAACAGUGCCGCGGUGCUGGCCGCCACCGGCCUCCAGCGAGACUCCAUGCGGGCGCCGUCCACACCGCCCGCCACGCUCGCCAGUUUCGAGGAUGAAAUGGAAGCGUGGACGCCUGUUCUUACAAACAUCGCCCUGCUCAUCAUAGCCAGCGUCCACUGCCUGGUGUGCAUCGUCAGCAUCUAUCAUCUCUCCAAACGUAUUUGCCCCUGCUUCCGGCCGAAGCAAGCGUUUGACCACAACCAGUUUGAUCCAACAUUCAAGACUCAACCAUAUGUGAUACAUGUGGAUGAAAAGAGGGUGCACGAUGAGAAGCUGAGGAGUCAGGAGCUAUGUAAGGAUUUAGAGGUGAAGCUGCAGGGGGAGACGUUAAAGAAAAAGAAGGAUAGCACGGACACGUCGCCUUCAGGCCCGGAGUACGGCAGCGCGAAUAGCAAGGAGAAGUUGGUGACGCACUGGCUGGGCCGCCACCACAGCGUGCUGACCACGGCCACGACGGGCGGCCGCCGGCGGCCCGGUGUACGCAAGCCGAGGAGGCACCACGCGCCAGUCGUGCUUCUGCCCGCUCACCACGCCACUACGCUGGGUCGCGGCCGCGUGCCUGUGAGCGUGGUGCCCCCGCCGCGGUACGCGACGCUGCCGCUGCCGCCGGGCCACUUCGCUCCCCAUCCCCACCCGCAUCACCCACCGCACGCACUCUACUACCCACUACACGACACUCGCAUCCGGCGGCGGCGCUCGCCCCGCUCCCCGCGGCAGGAGCGGAGGCGCGCGGGCGGACGCGGGCGCGAGCGCGACUCGCAGCUCACCCGCUCGCUCGAGCGGAUACACCGCAAGCGGCGAGCGGAGCGGGAGCGGAUGACCGACGCCGACCUCAAGAGGACUUACACUGGUCUUGACAGGGCAUAUGCUGAGCAAUUCAUAGCGGUGUGCGACGAGAGCCGCCACGCGGCCGAGCAACAUGAUUCGCUCGGCAGCACCACCAGCUCAAGUGACACGCCGCACUCGCAUGGCGACCUCUGAACGUGUUACAGAAAUAUCGAGUCAUCACAAAUUCGUCCAUCUACCUUACGAGUGAUUGUUCACCAAAAAAAAUGUUGGUGAAGUUAUCGCCGGGGUAAAAAAUAUACAAUCGAAUUCAGAAUUUAAAUUGUAGAUUAAAAAUUUAUUUAAUUUUUUACAACAUUGACUGUACAUCAAAAUUAAUGCAUAUUUAGUAUUUAUUUAUUUAAAUUUACAAAAUCGUCACAAUUUAGGUUAGAACUGAAUUAGUUUAUCUGUAAAAUGAAUUAUAUUUCUGAAUACUCGUCUAGUUUAUGGCUAACGUAAUAGUUAGGAUAACGUACCAAACUAAACCAGAUAGCUUUAUGUAUUCUAGGUACGCCACAUAUUGUAAAUAAUGUUACCUUACUAACUGCACUGGUAAGAUUAAUGUCUAAUACUUAAAAACAUUAUGGCACGAUACAUAUAACAUGUACUUAUUAGUAACGCGUGCCUUUAAAUUAGUUGAGUCGUACAUGUUGAGAACUUAUUUACAUGUAUUAUUCAAUUAAUUUAUUAACGGACUACAUACCUAUUUAAUAUACGAUUAAGACCAUCAAUUUAAGUUUCCACCUUGCACCGUGUUGCUUUGUUCUGGUUUGAACAGAGAGAUGCUGCAGUAAAAUUACUGGAUACUAAAGAUAAACGGAGUCACGGAGAUCAGUAACACACGAGCGACGUCUUCAGUGUUAGAAGCUUUUCUUUACUCUUUACAGAUUUAAGCAUUUAUUUGUCGACAUUUGAUAUAUUUUUUUAUUGUAUUUUCGGAAAGGAUUUUUGUAAUGACAUACUUGUUUCUGAGUUAAACCGACCGACUGAGUAAUAGUUGUGUAAUGACAAUGACUACUUUGAACCAUGCACGUUUAUUUUAAUACCACUGUUAUAGGUAACCAUAUCAUAUGCACGUUUCACAGCAUCUCUAUAUAAUCAUAUUUCAUCAGCAGCAAACAAAGAACAUGAGGUGGAAUCUGUAGUUACUAACGUGACCACAUACUAACCCAACGUUUGUAUACUUGUGUAAUAUCGUCAAAUAUCUGUGGUAUAGUUAUUUCUAAGUCUUAUUUACUUUUAGUUUUCGAUUGUAAGAAGCGUUGAUAGACAGAGAUUAAUUUUUUUUUUAACUUCACAUGUAACAAUCGUCAUUUCAGUUAUUUAUUAUUGAAUUUUAUAUACUCUUUUAUACUUGUCCCUUAAUGACUUGAAUGAAUGAGCCGAACAUGUAAUUAAUUAUUUUUUCAAUUCCUAAUCGACAUUCAAAAAUAUAGUAAAUAAUACUGAUGCGCUAGCAUUGAUAAGAUAAUUUUCUUUCUUAUUGCAUUGAGUUGGCUGGAAGAGAUCUCCUUCAGAGAUAAUACCACCCUUGCUAACAAGUUGUUAAACUAACCGCUGUAUACAUUAUUUUUAUUAGUGGCAUUUAAUAUAAAGAAUAUAUUAAAUACCACUAAUAAAUAAAUAAAUUUGGUAAAUCUGUCAACUUAUAAUAAUACCCAUUAAAUUUUGCCUUCUCGUGUAAGGUACCGCCAUCUAGUGUGACAUCUAAACAUGACAACUACAAGACUGAUGGUUCAUCUUUCUAAAUAAAUUGUACAACUUUACAAAUUUAAUGUUGCUUUUCAUCAAUAUUUUAUGUAAUUUGAGUAAAGUAUUUAAUGUUACGAAGUCAUUAUAAAGAAUAAUCUCUGCCUAUCAGCAUUUUAGUUUAUCCUCUAUCGUAUAAUAUGUUAGUGUUCGUAGGUAGGUAUGUAAAUAUAUGAAAUGAAAGUCCGAUGUACCUAAGCGGUGCCAAAUUCAGCUCGCGAGCUUGCUAUUGGUGUGUAUAUACGCGCGUUACAUCUAAAUUUGCUCAAUUCGUCUCUAUACUCAGUGUAGGUUAAGUUUUCUAUGUUUGUAGGUUGCCUUACUUGGCUACUGCCCGAUAUUUAACUUUUUGCAAUCUAAUUAACAAUGUGAAUAUUUUCUUUCCUUUGUGUACUUAGUUAUUAUGUUUAUAGGCGAUCAAUUUUAUUUUUAUUAUGGGUCAAAUCGAAGAAAACCAAUAAAUAAAUGUAAUAUUUUACUUGUAACAAAUAGAAUUUAUUACUUAUAAGAAUAUUAACACAAAACUAUUAAAUAUUAAUUUAACUCACUUAUAUAAUUAUAUAAUAAAAAUAUAUUAAAUUUGAUCGAAAGAUACAAUUAAUACUCGUAAGAAAGUAUAUGUCUAGAAUCAUAUAUAACAACCAGAAAAGUCCAUUCACAUGUUAGGCACAUGCAACUUGUAUUCACAUGUUGCAUGUAACAUGUACAUUGUUGGGACAUAUUUUAACAACGAUCUCCCCUUCAUGUUAAAUAUCCAUUGUGUAUAACGACCUGAUGGAUAAAGCCUACAUUUAAUUUUUUUUUUAUGAAAAAUCUGUGUAUUUGUAUUGUUGUGUGUGUAUUGACAGUUUUACGUGAGGCUUACAACAUACAUAUAUUGGGACAGGGGUUUUACUGUAAACAUGCGAAAGUUAUUGCUUAAUAGGUACAAGGGUAAACCUUAUGACUUAUUCCAUUUUGACUCUAUUCAAACAACUAGACACAGAGGACUUUUUGGUAUCUUAAUUUAAUAACUACCAGUUUAACUUACGUGUAAUUAGAUUGAAAAAGCUCGACUAGUUUCGGAAUCAGUUCGUGAUCCUUAGUCUUGAGCAACUGUGACGCGAGCACGAGUCUGACUUUUUCGAGCUAAUUACAUGUAAGUAAUAGUUAUUACAUUAAAAUAAAAUGUAUGCUUACGAAACUUUAAACAAUAAAAUAUUGCAAUAGCUUAAAACUGAAUGGAGAACGAAGAGUUCUUUGUGUCCAUAGAAAGAUAGUAGUUUGACCAAAAUGGAAUUAGCCAAUAUUUUUAUAUACCCAUAUUUUAUUUUUAAAUUAUACUAAUAUUGUUUGUUCUAUAAUAUUUCAUUUAUGUAUAUAGGUAAAUAUAGUCUCAAUAUUGUAAAAUAUAUAAUUUCUUAUGCUAAGUUAAAAAUGAUUGAUUACAGAUAGAGAACUAGUGGAUUUAAUGAAUUUAUUUAUUUAUUUUUUCUAUAAAUUUUAUUAAAAAAAGAAAAUAAAACUCAAUGCUUGUAAAUUGUGAAGUGCGA